CUUUCAGUUACCCACUUACAAGUAAUAAACAGACAACUAUCGAGAAACAAAUCACUGUGACCAACCAUAUUUCAAUGAAAGAUUCAAAAUAAAUUUAUAAAUUGAAUAUUUUGUUAAAAUGCAUCCUAAUCAAGGAAUAAAUCAUUAUACGCUUCAAUAAUUAUUCAUUUAAUUACUAGGAUAUAUAUCAUUCAAGUUAAUCUAAAAUCAUGGUACUUAAGUUCGGUCCAGAUAAUCCUCCAAUUGUUAUUGACAACGGAACAGGAUUGUUGAAAGUUGGCUAUUCUGGGGAAAUGGAACCACGAGCAGUCGUUCCUAUGAUUCUCGGUCGACCCAAACAUAUGAAAGUCAUUGCUGACAGAAAUUCUGAUGAAUGCUUCGUCGGUGAUAUAGCCGGUGGUAAAAGAGGUGCAUUAACUUUAUCUUAUCCAAUGAUGAAUGGUAUUGUACAAAAUUGGGAUGAUCUAGAAACUAUCUGGCAACAUGUCUUUACCAAUGAACUACGUGUUCUUCCUGAGAAUCAUCCUAUGCUUUUGACUGAAACACCAUUGAAUCCUAAAGUAAAUCGUGAGAAAAUGGCGGAAAUUAUGUUUGAACAAUUUCACGCACCAGCAGUUUAUAUCUCAAUUCAAGCUAUUCUCUCACUUUAUGCUUCAGGUCGUACAACUGGUUUAGUAUUGGACUGUGGAGAAGGCGCUACACACUUGGUUCCUGUAUUCGAUGCGUAUGUUAUUCCGACGGCUAUUCACCGAAGAAAUUUAGCAGGACGUGAAGUAACCAACUAUCUUAAACAUUUACUCACUGAAAGAGGUUACAAACUGAUUACAACAUGUGAACAUGAAAUCGCUCGUGAUGUAAAAGAAAAUCUUUGUUAUGUUGCUAUGGAUUACGGAAAAGAACUACAGUUUAGCCAAGGAGAUAAAAAGUUGUACGAAAUGACGUAUCGUCUACCUGAUGGUCAGCUGUUAAAUAUUGGUAGUGAAAGGUUCCGUGCACCUGAAUUGAUGUUCGAUCCCAAGUUAGCUGGUUACGAAAUGAAUGGCAUUCACACUGCCACAAAUGAAACUAUACUGGCUUGUGGAAUGGAUGUCAGAAAGAGUUUUUGGUCAAAUAUUAUUCUUACUGGUGGAGGUACAAUGUUUCGUGGUUUCCCUGAACGACUACGUAAAGAAUUGCAUCGUCUAGCCCCAAAAGGUGCUACAGUAAAGGUGAUGGCAUCUCCUGAACGAAAAUACUCAGUAUGGAUUGGUGGUGCUGUUUUAGCCUCUUUAAGUACUUUCAAUGAAAUGUGGGUAACGAGAGAAGAAUAUAACGAAUUUGGUUUAGAAAUUGUACAUCAGAAAUGCGUUUAAUUACAUGGAAACACCGUAAUAUGUGUUUAAUUUGAGAAUUAGUGAAAAAAACAGUACAUAAAGGUAGUUUCUUUCAGUCAUUGUUUGUACAAUUGUAUGAUGCUACACUUGUGCAUAAUAGUUGAUUUAAAUGAAAUGUUUCGAAUUUCUACAUUUCUAUCAACAGUUAAUAUAUAAAAAUUCCACAACCCAGGGAAACAUAAUUUUACUUCAUAAAUGCUUAUUACUCACAAGUAGUUUAGGUUUGUUUACAUACCAAUGUAAUUUCAUGUAUUUUGCAAUAUAUUUUCCUAUAUG